GAGGGGGAGUCUGGUAGUCAGGGAAAUGGGGCGGGCUCUGAAGGAAGAGGAGGAGGAGAUCAGUGCACGUUGCCUGUGCACAAUUGGAAGCAACAGAGAGGGAAGCAGCAUCUGUAUGAGGAGAGAGAAGGAACCUGCAUAGAAUGGAGGAGCGCUACAGCAGCACUGUCGCUGUCGUCAAGACUCCCACUGCUUCAACCACCACCACCACCACUAUGAGUCUGGCUUGUGUGUUAAUGGAAGAGACUUAGAUCAGCCCUGUGAUGCCAGAGGAACCAGCUGUGUGGAUCCAGUGCCACCUCUGAUAUGAUGCUGAGAGCAGGAGGUGCAGCCACCUCUCUCGCACUGCUGCUGCUGCUGCCGUUGCUGUGCUGCUGUCACCUGUGCCACUCACUACGAGUUCCAAAACUCUCCUCCUAUGCAAAAGCAGAGGACAAGCUGUUCAAAUACCUUUUUGGAAACUACCAGAAAUGGGUUCGCCCGGUGGAAUACCUAAACCAGACGAUCCGUGUGAAGUUUGGACUGGCCAUUUCACAGCUAGUUGAUGUGGAUGAGAAAAAUCAGCGAAUGACAACCAAUGUGUGGAUGAAACAGGAGUGGAUUGACAUGAAACUCAGAUGGAACCCUGAUGACUAUCUGGGCAUCACAAUUAUCCGAGUCCCAUCUGACAGGAUCUGGCUCCCUGACGUUGUACUGUAUGACAAUUCAGAUGGGCGUUUUGAGGGUACAGUCACCAAGGCUGUUGUUAAGUAUGAUGGAACCAUAUCAUGGACACCUCCUGCCAAUUACAAGUCAGCCUGCACCAUUGAUGUCACCUUCUUCCCUUUUGACCUUCAGAACUGUUCAAUGAAGUUUGGCUCCUGGACAUAUGAUGGCUCCCAGGUGGACAUCAUUCUGGAGGACUUCCAUGUAGACAAGCGGGACUAUUUUGACAACGGUGAAUGGGAGAUAGUGAAAGCCACCGGCAGUCGUGGUCUGAGGACAGACAGCAGUUCUACCUAUCCCACCAUCACUUACUUCUUCAUCAUCCGCAGGCUGCCUCUUUUCUACACCCUCUUCCUAAUCAUCCCUUGCAUUGGCCUGUCCUUCCUCACGAUCCUUGUCUUCUAUCUGCCCUCCAAUGGCGGUGAGAAGAUCUCUCUUUGCACCUCAGUCCUGGUGUCACUCACAGUUUUCCUCCUGGUCAUUGAGGAGAUCAUCCCCUCCUCUUCGAAGGCCAUCCCUCUCAUCGGGGAAUACCUGGUCUUCACCAUGAUUUUUGUCACGCUCUCCAUCAUCAUCACUGUCUUUGCCAUCAAUAUCCACCAUCGCUCCUCUUCCACACAUCACGGUAUGGCUCCCUGGGUGAGGAGGAUUUUCCUGCAUCGGCUGCCCAAGCUGCUGUGCAUGCGCAGCCAUGUGGAUCGUUACGCCACAGCUGGAGUGUCCAGAACAGGAGGAGUAGGAGGACUGGGUAUGAUGAAGGACUCAGCCCCUGAACUGACACCUCUCCUCUACACCAGACAUAACUUACAAGCAGCUUUGGAUUCUAUUCGCUACAUAACCAGCCAUGUUGUUAAAGAAAAUGAGGUCAGAGAGGUGGUACAGGACUGGAAGUUUGUAGCCCAGGUCCUGGAUCGGAUGUUUCUUUGGGCCUUCCUCUUGGUGUCAACCCUGGGCUCUGCUCUCCUCUUCAUCCCAGUUAUUUACAAAUGGGCCAACAUCAUCGUCCCUAACCAUGGUGGAAGUACCCUCUAAGAACAUUUAACUAAGAACAAAUGGAGGCAGUGCAAAUUAACAGCUCGUUAUGGCUUUUCUUCGAGAUGUGACAGACUGUGAUUCUGAGAUUACCACUCAGAUACAGUCUUGCUCUGCUUAUUCAGUCACUCUGUAAACUACAGCUGUGCCAGAGAUCAAGCUGCAGAAUUUAGGAUCUUUGCUGAAUACAUCUCACAGAGACAUGAUUUUUCGUCUCCGUGAGAUUGAAGUUGAUUGAUAGAGAUUGAAAUAUGUCUUUCUGAGUUAAAAGAUAAAUUAAGAGACUCAAGUGAUAUACUACAUAUGAUAAGAAAGUGCAUUUUGCCCACAUCUCUCACAUCAAUAAACUUAAAUGCAUUCAUUUCACCGAUUAUACUGGCAUUGAAGAGUGGAGAUUCAUCAUUCAGUCUGGUAGCGAUUUUAUAGAUAGGAAUGGAAAAAUAACUUGUUGACAACAACAAUGUUAACAAUGUGUUAAAAAUGUUUAUGCAGUUUACAGGACACAGUGAUAAUUACCAGUUCAGUUCAGUUUAAUUCAUUACACAUUUAUGUGCAAGCAUAUGGCAGCUCGACACCCGGAUCAACGCAGGAAAAAACCCUCAUUCAUAGUUUACAUACUACUCUUUGUCUUUGUCUUGCUGUCUUCUAUCUAUAGUGUUUAGAAAGAUGACCACUUUAUCUGUGGCAUAAUUCAAAUAAAAGUGAUAGUUCAACUUUGCUUUUCUGUAAUUCUAGUUUCAGAAAUCUCCCUUACAAAUCAGCAACAGUAUGAACAGUCUACAGUCUAAAAGACCUGUAUGAUUUCUAUGUAAAUUCUACUAAAAGAAGAGAGGUGAAGGGACUUUCUUGUCAGGACUUGAAUUUCAUCCUGGGGAAAAAUUCCACAUUGUUUUGCUGUAAGAUGAUCCUUGACAAGAGCUCAGUAGAGAGCUAUUGUGGCUUCAGUUUGCAUUUAGCAGUACUGUUGCUAAGACCAUAUAAACUGAGAGAAAGUCAAAACCAAAACCAGAGUGUAUAGAGACUGAGAGAAGAUCAAGAGUUUGAGAGGUCAAGACCAGGUUAAAACCAAGACCAAGACUAAGGUCAAACACUAUGAAUCCUACUUAGGUAGAUACUUGAUGGCAGCUGUAUCAGCCAAAACCGAUCAUUGAUCACUGGUACUAUUUGAAGCUAUUAUGUUGUGUAGCAUUGUUUAAUAAAAUAUUAAAUACAAUUAAAAAAUGUAGUAGUAUCCUGAA